UAUUAUGGAGCAGGAAGUGGUCCAAUUUAUGUUCACGAUCUGUCUUGUAGUGGUAAUGAGUCUCAUAUAAACGAAUGUAAAUAUAAUACGGAAGGAUAUUGUGGACAUAAUAGAGAUGUAUCUGUGAUAUGCAAAGUUGACGUAAAUAUAACUGAGGCAAAACUGGUAAACGGGACGGGUCCAUAUGAUGGACGAGCAGAGAUAAAGGUGAACAGUACAUGGGGAAAUAUCUGCGGUACAAACUUUGACAAGACGCGAGCAGACUCUUUCUGCUAUUUGUUGGGACUAAAAGCUACACAGUUUUACACAGAUGCUACAUACGGACAGGGGAAUGGCCCAGUAUAUGAUAUAUAUUGCAACGGAAACGAUAUACGCAACUGUCUGUAUUUAAUUACGAACAAUUGUAGCCACAACAAAGAUGUUUCUGUCGUGUGCAAUGAAUGUGGAAAGCCCGAUAUUGAUUUUUGGGGAGCGGAUUAUUUUACUUACCAUGGGAAAACAUUGUAUGCAGACUGUUCGUACUAUAGAUCUUAUGUCGGUACAUUAAGCAUGACAUGCGACAAUGACACGAACGAAUGGGUGACAGAGGGAGAAUGCCAGGAGUACACAUAUCCGUUAAAUAUUACGGAUAUACGACUCUCGGAUGGCAACAGAAGUAGUAGAGGAAGGGUUGAAAUUCAAUCAGUUGGAUUCUGGGGCACGAUUUGCGACGAUUCCUUUGGAAUGGCAGAAGCAAACGUAAUAUGUAGCAUGGUUGGAUAUCCGAGGGCAGUGUCAGUGAGGGGCAAUGCAAAUUAUGGCAAAGGAAAAGGACCGAUAUUUGCGGAUGAUCUUGAAUGUGAACAAAGCGCUACUCAUAUUAACAACUGCACGUAUGCUACCUACGACAAUUGUCAGCAUUCGGACGACGUAUCUGUUAUAUGUACUGACUGUGGCGAUCCUAAACCAGCGCAUGGAUUUAUAAAUUCUUCCGAUACAAGUUUAGAUGCAGUGGUACAAGUUCAGUGUGAGCAAGGAUACCGACUAAAUGGCCGUUCUGUUAUCCAGUGUAUGGAAACGAACAACUGGUCUGAUGAUCCAACUUGCAAGCUGAUAGAUUGUGGUGAUCCUAGUCCAGCUAAUGGAGCCAGAAAUUCGACGGAAACAGCAAACGGAACAGUUGUGCAGAUAUCAUGUGACAAAGGCUAUAAUCUCUCUGGAGACGCUUUAAUCACAUGUCAGCCUGAUGAUACUUGGACAGAUUAUCCAACUUGUGAGAUAAUAGACUGUGGAUGGCCUGAUCCAUCGAAUGCCGCUGUAGAUAUAUCUGAUAAUGUCACAACAUUUGAAGCGAUUGCUGUCGUAAGCUGUUUAACAGGCUACCGACCUGGUGGAAAAUUAUCGGUGUCUUGUAUGGCCAAUGGAUCUUGGGAAGCUUGGCCACAAUGCGAAAUUAUUGAUUGUGGAGAUCCUACCCCAAAUAAAGGACACCGUAAUGACACAAACUCAACUUAUGCUUCAGUAGUAGAGAUCACUUGUGAUAAAGGACUUGAAAUAUCUGGAAAUUCAACGAUAAUAUGUAUGGCAGAUGGAACUUGGAGUGACAAUCCAGUGUGUGAUUCAUCCGAUUGUGGAAAGUUGUCAGUUUCUCAUGGAACUGUGAAUAUGUCUUCUGGCACAACAACUGGUGCAUUAGUGUCUGUAUCCUGCAACAAAGGUUAUGAUUUAGUUGGUCCUGAUAUAGUUGCAUGUUCAGUGCUUGGGUGGAAUGAAACCGUUUCUUGUGUUUUACAAGAUUGCGGUGAUCCAACACCUGAAAAUGGGAAGCUUAUAUCAACCGAAGGCACGAAAUUUGGCAACAAAGUUGAUAUAGAAUGUAACGUUGGACACGAACUAAUAGGUGAUAGGACAAUCACAUGUCAAGACGGUGGGGUAUGGAGUCAUAACACAAGUUGUAGAAUCAGAGAUUGUGGGGAACCUGUGAACUACCCGUCAAAUGGAAAAUGGAACGACGAAGAAGGAACCAAAUACAAUGCCACUAUCAAAUUUGACUGUAAGGACGGCUACCUGCUCGUUGGUGAGAAAAUGAUAUUUUGUCAGAGUAACGGGACUUGGAGUGGAUCACCGCCAACUUGUACACUCAAAGCUUCGAUUGGAGGAUAUUGUUUAAAUACCGAAUACUGUAAAACUAUAAAGGCAGUUUGCGAACAAUCAGUUUGCACUUGCAAAACAGGAAUACAUGAUGAAAAAACAGAUACAUGCGACACUAUGCCCCUUUUUCCGUAUGGGAAAGACAAUGGUGAUAUUGUAUUAUCAAAAGACGAAGUGUGUGGUCCAAACAUUGUAUUUGCUCCAGGGAUACCGCUUAUUGACAAGAUGCAUAAGGAGUUACACGUAUGUUCAAAUGGACUCAUUAGUUUUGACAGCAGAUAUAACAACCCUACACCACCUAAUGAUAGGACCAGUAUAUCGGAUUUUGGAAACAGAUCUCUGCUGGCACCGUUUUAUGCCCAGAUUGAUAAAAAAUCAGGAUCUGUUUACUACCGGACAUAUGACAUACACAAGUCAUUUGCAAAAUUGAAAGCCGAUAAAAGAUUGAUACAUCAAAUAGAAGACACGAUAAAAAAAGUUGGUGCAGUUAAAACUUUUGAAACAAGUUUUGCAUUAUUGGCUACCUGGGAUGGACUGAAGCCAUCAGGAAUAGAUUAUGACGAGACUAAGACAUCCACAUUUCAAGCGGUACUCGCGUCAGAUGGCUCUUCAACAUUCACAUUUUUCAUCUAUGGGCAAGGUCUCAUGCAGUGGAGAUACAAAGGAGCUUCGCCACUACGUAUUUGGGUCGGAUAUACGAUCAAUUCUUUGAAUUUUUACACUCACCCAUUAUCGUUUUUCGAACAAAUACUUUCACUUGAUGGUUCAAAACAGAGUAUUCCUGGAUCCUACAAUGGCGUAGCGGGAUUAAUAUUCAAACCUUUGACAAGAGACGGUGAGCAGAGUCCAAAUCAUGCUGUUGAUUGUAUCAAAUGGUAUAAUAACAAUCUGAAAGAAAAAGAACACACAAGAAUUAUAGCAAGCCGAUUGCCACACUGUCCAUGUGAUAUCUGGCUUUCUCGGUAUGAUCCCUGGUUUUGGAACAUAGACCGAUGGAGCAAGGAUCCCUACACUUGUGUGGACAUGUUUCCUGGUCAAAUUUAUAGACCAUAUGGAAAGUCAUGUUGCUAUGACUUAUCCACGUGGUCUUGGAUUUCACAUCGCCCAGUUGCUGGUGGAUUUUACCGCUAUCAUCCGCAGAAAUUUUCUGCAGAACAUUUCAAACAUGAUGUAAUUCCAAAACAAAAAUGUUGUGAACUUUCAAAAUUCUGUGACCUUUACUACGAAUUACAUCCAAUCGGAGCUUGUUACAAAAAGUCAACAUAUGACUUUGGCACAUUUUGGGGAGAUCCACAUUUCCGGACCUUGGAUGGGAUGAAUUUUACCUUUAAUGGUCUGGGAGAGUAUAUUCUCCUAAAAUUACACACCGACAAUGUUACAUUUGAACUUCAAGCGAGAACGGAGCGUGCUAGAAAGAGUGACGGUGAAAUGUCUGAUGCAACUGUUUUCUGUGCAUUUGCAGCAAAAGAGUCAUCUAAUGCGUCUGUUCACGUUGAAUUAAACAAAGCGAAAAAUGGUAUCAGUGUUUAUGGCAAUAACCAAGAUCUAACAAGUAAAUUCAGUAAUUACACAGACACCAUGCACCCGUUCACAUAUACAUCAGACGAGGGCAACCUUAAGAUAUCUAGAAGGGACGGAGCAUUGGAUGUUUAUUUUCCUUUGAGUGAUAUAUCUCUAAACAUAUCUGUGAGUGUUGAAAUGUUGUCACUCAUAACUACAAUAGCGAAGAAAUGGCAUAAUAUGACAACAGGUCUCCUUGGUAACUACGAUGGUAAUCCAAAAAAUGACUUCUCUUUGCCGAAUGGAACUAUUCUUAGCGCCGAUAUGACAGAGCGGGAAGUGUUUGCUUAUGGAAAGACAUGGAGAAUUAAUCCAAACAACUCGGCAUUCAUUUACAAUGAAGGAAAGACACAUUUUGAUUAUCAUAAUGAAACCUAUAUUCCACGGUUUUUGGAUGAAGUUAAUCCUGCUAAAGUACUGGAAGCAGAGAAUACAUGCAACGGUUCCCAAAACAUCGAGUGUAUCUUUGAUUUUGUCUUCACUGAAAAACCAGAAAUUGCAGAAAAUUCAAAUCGAAUUAAAGGACAGUCCGAGACUAUCAAAAAUGAGAUGGACGAAACAGUGCCAACUGUAACAGGAUGUGACACGGUCAAUAUAACAAUUGGUCAGAAUGUUACUUGUGAAGUUACACUGGAAGAAGGAAACGAUAUACAUUUUGUAGAGAAUAAUGUUAGUGCCGAAUACAACAGGGAAAUGUCUGCAGUAACCUACUUUCAGCAAGAUGACAGUCCAGUAAAUCUUCGCUUCACUGCUAGGAAUGUAAAUGGUCGCUCUUCUCCGCCAUUUAUAAUAAGCAUCCUACUGUGUACUGGAUGUAACGGACGCGGUACAUGCACUGACAGCCCGAGGGAAGAUCCUAGAGAAACAGAAUAUUUCAAAUACGCUACCUGUAUUUGUGACUCUGAGUACGAAGGUCUAGAUUGCGAACAUGAAUUUGACGCGUGUUCUGCAAACCCUUGCUCAUUUGGAAGAAACUGUACAAAAAUAUCAGCCGAAGAACAAAGGUCGUCUCUGGGCAGAACGUAUAAGUGUGGGGCAUGUCCUCCCGGUUUUUCGUCAAAGGCGGAUGGCUAUCAUUUUGAAUGCUUUGAUGUUAAUGAAUGUUCAACUGAGAUUUGUGAACAUAACUGCACGAACACAGAAGGCAGCUACAUGUGCACGUGCAGGGAAGGGUACAGAGUCGACACUAGAAAUUCAAGUCUGUGUAGAGAUAUAAAUGAGUGUGACGAAGCACUUCACAAUUGUUCGCAGGAAUGCAACAACACAGAAGGUGGUUAUGACUGCACAUGUCAUUCAAGUUUCUACUUCAAUUCUUCAACGUGGUCUUGUCUUACCCUUGAAGGGAGUAAAUGCACAAGUGAUGAAGAAAAGAAGUGCCUAAAUAAAACAAGUGACUGCACGAAACUUAAUGGAAAUUCAACAUGUAUCUGUAAAGCUGGUUUUAAAUGGAACAAAACAGCGUCUACAUGCGAUGAUAUCAACGAGUGCGAAAGAAGUGUAUGCCCGCAAAACUGCAUAAAUACAUUUGGCAGUUUCCGUUGUGAAUGUUUCGUAGGAUAUCAGUUACAAGACGCUACAACAUGCACACAAUGUGAUGUUCAACACUGGGGAGAAAACUGCUCGCAUAAAUGUGACUGCACGGGCCAAGGAGCGACAAGAUGCGACCCGGCUAAAGGAUGUAUAUGUGCUAAUGGCUGGGAAGGCGAAACUUGCAAUGACGAUAUAAAUGAAUGCGAAGUUGUCGGUGAUAUUUGCAAAGACCCUAGGAAGCUCUGUGUCAAUAGUCUAGGAGCAUACAGAUGUAAUUGCAGAUCUGGGUACCUGGAGACAAACAAAGGCCUUUGCGAGGACGUCAACGAGUGUUCAUAUCCGCUCAUGAAUGAUUGUAUGCAGGAAUGUUCAAAUACUGUUGGUGGUUACACAUGCGGUUGUUUUGACGGCUUCACAAGAGGCAACGUAACACAGUGCAUGGAUAUAGACGAAUGUGAACUAGGAACAUCUGGAUGUGAACAAGUAUGUAAGAACAGUCCUGGUCUGUUCAGCUGUUACUGCCACUUUGGAUAUACAUUAAACGAUGACCGUAAAUCUUGUACUAAAGUUUCCGAUCCCUGUAAGAGUAUAAGUAAUCUUAAUUGUUCUCAUUACUGUUUGGACGACAACGCGACUUGUAGGUGUCAGAAAGGUUAUACUCUUGGAACCGACGGACAAACGUGUUUAGAUAACAACGAAUGUGAAAAGGAUCCUUGUGAUACAGGUGCCGAAUGUAUGAAUACAGAAGGACAUUAUGUUUGCAAGUGUCCUGUGGGUACAAAGCUUGAAAAUGAUGGAAGAACUUGUACAGGUUGUGAUAAGUUCCAUUACGGCGAGGAGUGUUCACAGACUUGCAGCUGUUUGCAUGGCGUAUGUGACAGUGUAACAGGUUGUACAUGCAAGGACGGAUGGACUGGUAUAAAUUGUGACAAAAAUGAGUGUGAGACAGGAUCGAUAAAGUGUAUUGAAGAGAAUACAAUGUGUGUGAACACUCCCGGAAGUGCUGCUUGUGUAUGUAUUGCGGGUUACGCAAACAUAUCUGGCAUCUGCAAAGAUAUUGACGAAUGUCAGCAUACAACACUGAAUUUGUGUGAUCAAACAUGUUCCAAUACAGAAGGCAGUUAUAGUUGUGGAUGUCAUCGUGGUUUUGUUUAUUCGAAAGGAAAAUGUACAGAUAUAAAUGAAUGCUCCCGAACGGACGAAUGCGACCACGUUUGUGAAAAUACCAUUGGAAGCUACCGAUGUUUGUGUGAACCUGGGUUUAGACUAGAUUUAACUGACAGAAAAUCAUGUAUAGUUAAUUCUGAAUGCAGUCAGACAGCUAUCGAAAACUGUGGCAAAAAUGCAUCAUGUUAUAUUAGAAAUGGAGUUUCUGGUUGUAUAUGUAACAAAGGCUUUCAUAAUGCCAACGAAAGAUGUGAUGAUAUAGACGAGUGUAUCUCAGAAAAACACGGAUGUUCACAUAGUUGCAACAACACGGUUGGCGGUUAUAAAUGUCAUUGCCCUGUUGGUUUUUCCUUGCAAACUGAUAUGGUGACUUGUACAGAAUGUAACGAAGGAACAUAUGGAUCUAAUUGUACAUCGAAGUGUACAUGUGUUCCUGCAAACACUUACACUUGUGAUAGAAAAACAGGACACUGCAGCUGUAUGCAAGGCUGGAAAGGAAAGAUCUGUGAUCAGGAUAUUGACGAAUGCAAACAAACUCCUAACUGCCCUGUAAACUCGCAUUGUGUAAACAAUAAUGGAAGCUAUGUGUGCAAAUGUGAAAAGGGGUAUAUUAAAUCGAGCAAAGGAAACUGUGAAGAAUGUGGGAAGAGACAUUAUGGAGAUAACUGUGUUGAAGAAUGUAGAUGUGAUUUCCAAAACACAGACUCAUGUAACCAUAUCACGGGAAACUGCACCUGUAAAAAGGGCUGGAAGGGCAACACAUGUACGGAAGAUAUUGACGAAUGUAAAGCGGAUACUGAUCCAUGUGGGGAAGUUGCAAACUCGAUAUGUAAUAAUACUGUUGGAUCAUAUGCAUGUGUAUGUCAACGUGGAUACACUAAACAAGACAACGGAUGCAAAGAUGUCGAUGAAUGCUUACUCGGUAGAGAUGUCUGUGAACAACAGUGUGUCAAUACCAUUGGAAGCUAUAGAUGUAAAUGCCAGAAAGGUUUUAAAGGUUCCUGGAACAACUGUUCACAAUGUACUGACAAUACCUUUGGAGAAAAUUGCACAGAAACCUGCAACUGUAAUUUGGCAAAUUCGGUAAAGGUCAGUCAGACUUGUGACACUGUUAGUGGAAAAUGUCAAUGUAAAGCUAACUGGAAAGGCAAUACCUGCGAUACAGAUGUUGAUGAGUGUAGCGAUGGUAUACACAUAUGCAAAGCAGAGGAACACAAGGGGUGUCACAAUACUCCUGGAUGGUAUCUUUGUGAAUGUUUAAGAGGCUAUUCGGACUCCAAUGGGACUUGUGUUAAAGUUGAGACGGAAACAAAGCCAUCGGCAAAACCAGCUUCCUCUAUAGUUGUGGACUUAAACGUGACUAUUGAUGUUAAAUUACCCACUGGUACUAACAUUGAAGUAGGAAAAACAUACAAUGAGAUUGAAACGGAUGUUAAAGCUAGCCUAUUAGAAUUAUACAGUCGAUUCACAAAGGCAAAGAUAAGCAUUGCUAUCAACGAUAUACGAAUCGGCAGUUUGAUAGUGGUUUAUACAGUCAUCUAUGAAGAGAAUGAUUUAAAUGUCGCAUCAGCUCUCACAAAAGCCACGAUAGAACUUAGCAGAGAAACUUCCAUUACUUUCCAAGGAAAGAAAUAUAAAGUUUCAACAGACGCAUAUAAAGGUAUUGAACCGUGUUCGGUUUACCUAAUGUCAGUUGGAAACUGUGAUGAUGGGUAUAAGUGUGUUGUUGAAAAGGAUGUUCCGAUAUGCAGACUGGAGAAUAGCCAGUUUAAUUUACCAAUUAUAAUCGGAGCAUCUGCCGGAGGCUUUGUUCUUAUUGUCGCAAUGAUAAUCGUGAUAGUGUGCCUACGGAAGAGAAGACAAGGACAAAAGCUAGAUCAAAGAUUACGAAGACUGACAACUGCUUCAGAUUUGGCUAAAAGUAAAGAAGGAAUGGAACCGCCGAAAGCAGAAUCAAAUUACUAUCACAUAAUGAAAUGGCAGAAAAACCUGCAGGAACAAGACGAAUCAAAGUACAUGACCUGGAAAUCUAUGGCUUCACGAUUUACAGUGGCAUCGGCAGCGGAAACUGUUUAUGACCAACCAUAUCAGAUUCCGCGAGCAAGAAUUCAACAAUCCACCAUUCGUGAAAACGAUUAUCUGACAUUGUCGUAAACUAUAUAAAAGAUGUAACUAGAGACAUAAUAUAUAUUGAAAAAUAUUUGCAUUAGUUAAUCAGAUGUAAAUUUUAUAACAGUUUUCAUAUCAUUUUCCUGUGACUUUUCUAAAACAUCUUAAACAAACAUUGUGAUAUACCGCUCUUACUAGUUGACCUGAAGACGAAGAAUUACACCAUCUAUAUCAACAUUGAUCAUAAUAUAUUCUAGAAUAUAAAUUCCGCAUAAACAAUAUAUUGCGUUGUGUUUAUACUUUUUCAUUUUGAUUUAGUUUUUAUAGACAUAGUAAAAUUUAAAUGUUUUCUAAAGUUUUCGUUCAUGGAAAGGGUGCGAAGUACCCAUCUUUACAGCAAGAAAACACUUUCUUCAUGUAAAUAAAUGAGCGUUUGAUUGAAAUGUUAUGAUUUAAACACAUAUGUAGAGCUUUUUGUCUAUGUAUUUAUAUAAAAUAAUAUGUUAAAAUUUACUGUUAAUGACCUUGCAUGUGCUUCUUUCAAAAACUGUUGGUAACAGACAUAGCAAAUGAUUCAUUAUUGUUAUAUCGAAAUUGAAACGUGUUUGCUAAAGAUAUACGGUUGCUAGUGCUUUACUUUUUAGCUCGACUUUUCAAAGAAUAGUAGAGCUAUUGGACUCACCCAUGCGUCGGCGUCGGCGUUGGCGUCCCGAUUUGGUUAAGGUUUUGUAUGUAAGCUGGUAUCUCAGUAACAACUUGUGGGAAUGGAUUGAAACUUCACACACUUAUUCACUGUGAUAAACUGACCUACAAUGCACAGGUUCCAUAACUCUAUUUUGAUUUUUUACAAAAUUAUGCCCCUUUUUCGACUUAGAAAUUCUUGGUUAAGGUUUUGUAUGUAAGCUGGUAUCUCAGUAACCACUUGUGGGAAUGGAUUGAAACUUCACACACUUAUUCACUGUGAUAAACUGACCUACGUUGCACAGAAUCCAUAACUCUUUUUUGCUUUUUUACAAAAUUAUGCCCCUUUUACGACUUAAAAAUUAUUGGUUAAGGUUUUGUAUGUAAGCUGGUAUCUCUGUAACCACUUGUGGGAAUGGAUUGAAACUUCACACACUGAUUCACUGUGAUAGACUAACCUACAUUGCACAGGUUUCAUAAAUCUAUUUUGCUUUUUUACAAAAUUAUGCCCCUUUUUCGACUUAGAAAUUUUUGGUUAAGGUUUUGUAUGUAAGCUGGUAUCUCACUACCCACUAAUGGGAAUGGAUUGAAACUUCACACACUUGUUCACUGUCAUGAUCUGAUAUGCACUGUAUAGGUCCCAUAACUCUACUUUGCUAUUUUUUAAAUUAUGCCCCUUUUUCGACUUAGCAGUUUUUGGUUAAGUUUUUGUAUGUAAGCUUUUAUUUCAGUAUCCACUUAUGGGAAAGGAUUAAAACUUCACGCACUUGUUCACUUUACGAGCUGAUAAGCACUGUGAAGGUUCCAUAACCCUUUUUCCAUUUUUACAAAAUUAUGCCCCUUUUUCGACUUUUGUAUUCAUUCAAUUGACAAGGCUGUUGAAUAGUCGAGCGUUGCUGUCCUCCGAUAGCUCUUGUUUAGUUCUUUACUAACUAUGAAAGACAAGCCAAUGACUUUCCUUUUUUAUGCUGUUCUUUAAAAUAUGUUCCUAGCUUAUCAUUCAUUAUUGAUAAGAAUUUUAUACAAUGUUCUUUUUGGGUUUUUUUUAAUUUGUCACCUGAGUCUGCCUGCAAACACGUUAUAACCACCAAAGUGGUAUUAGACCUAUAGGACUCGAGGACAGUAUCAACACUAGCGUGAUAACCAUUAUUAAACAAUAAUUAAUACCUUAAAAUAUUCACAGUAUAUAUUUCAGCACUAAUAUACUCUAACAGUUGUGAAAGAUAAGUCAAUGUUUCUCUUUUUAUUCUGUUCUUUGAAACGUAGCUUAUCAUUCAAAAUUGAUAACAUUUUUAUACAUAUAUAUUUUUUUUUAAUUUGGCCAUUGCAUUUUACCAUCCUUAUACUUUACAACCACUUAAAACAGCAUAUUGGUGUUAGAGCUGUAAAAGUGGAAGUCACUAUCGACAAAUGUGAUCUUUCCAGUACUAAACAAUGAUUAAUGCCUUAAGAUAUGCAAAAUAUAUAUUUCAUUACUUAUAUUGUGACAUUUUCAUUUAUGUUUUUAUUCAUGCACUUUCUUCUUAAUCUAUUUUUUGAGAUUUUGACUUGUAAAAGAAGUAUCCCAGAGAAAUUAAAAUUCGUAUCAUAGUCAACUUGUGUCAGUUUGUGUUUUGUUUUUGGUCAUGAUUUUCAGUUCCAAAUGAACAGUACCAAAAUUGCAUAUGUUACCAAUUUCAGAA